CGAGAAGAUCGUCACCUCCACAAUAGCACCCUCCUCCAUUGGGAGGCAGUUUUGUUGUUGUUUUGGUGACGAGACCGAGUUGAAACCAGAAACAUAAACAUCACACACGACGCAGCAACUAUCAACAACAUCGCCGGUGGAAGCGGAUAUUCAGGGGUUGACGGCUCCCAGAACAUCGAGCGUGCAAGUGUGUUGUUUAUAUGUGUGCAGCCCGAAGCAAUAGUGGAAAAAGUGUCGUGUGAAGCGCAAGAGUUUGUAAAAUAUUAUGAAAAAAAGAAACACCACCACUAGCCAGGCCUACACAUUUUCGAACGUAAACAACUCCAAAUGGUGAAGGAUUUUUUAUGGCGCUGCUCUCAUUUCGACUUAGCAUUGUGUUUACAAUAGGACUGCUACUGCUGAAUGGAUUUACCUCCGACACGUCAGUGCUUGCCUUCGUUAACGAGGAAGGACCGGAGCGGCUACGGCUAAUAGCCGCUCCACCGUCGCACGUGAUCGUGACCAGCACUCGCAGCUCGCCCGUGUACCUGCCAUGCCAGGCCGAGCUUGCUCCCGACACGACCGACGACAUCCCGAACAGCAGCUACGGCGACGACUACCCGGACGAGCACAACGAGGAGGACGAUGAGGAGGAGGAGGACGACGAAGGCUACGACGAGGAUACGGACGACCAGGAGGACGAGGAGGACGGCUUCCUGCCGCACACGGCGCCGCUCCUCAACAACAACGACCUCUCCCACGACGAGCGUUCGCUCCAUCGACUCCAGCGUCAGCAGCCGCCAGAUGUAUUCCAGCGGCAGUAUCGGGACUACGAAGGUGACGAGGUGAGACGGCGCCGGCGGCGGCGGCGAUACGUGCGGACCCAAGGUCGAGGGUUCGCCGGCAGGGGCGGAUACUACGGUGGCGGUGGCCUGGCGACCUUCGAGUACGUCUGGUACCGGAAUGGGCUGGAGUUUCUGACCACCUCGUUCCAGAACCAGAACCAUCGCCAAACCCACAAAGGCUUCCGGCUGUUCGAAAAUGGGACGCUGCGCAUCCCGUACAACCGGCAGAACGCGAACAUUGCGGCCGGCGUGUACCGGUGCAAGGCGACCCUGAUCCACCACAAUCCGCGCAACCACGGCCAGGGUUCGAUUCUUUCGACGGAGUGCACGGUCUCGAUUGCCUACCUUGACCGAGACAAUGGAAUCAACUUCCCGAACAACACCAUCACGGUGCGAGCGUGCGAACCAACCAUCCUGCCGUGUCCGUUCCAGAGUUAUCCGGCCGCCAACAUUACUUGGUCGGUGAACAAGACCACGAUACCGCUGCAGGGCGGCUAUGGUAACACGAAGGAUGCUAGAUUCUUUCUCCUGCAAAAUGGAAGUCUCCUUAUCAGUGACGUGCAGCUAACGGACAGUGGCCGGUAUCGGUGCAACGCUUCGAAUCUUUACGUGGCAAAGAACUUCCGCAGCUCCAGUGUAAAUCUGGUUGUGAGCGCCACGGCACCAAGCAGCGCACCGCAGACGACAGGAAACCAUGUUCUGAUGCCGCCACUGCAACCCUUGCAGCUUUCGGUGCCAGCCGGGAACACACUUCGCCUACACUGUGCCUGUUACUACUGCAAACCGCAGUGGACUUUCACCCCGCGCCACAGCCAAAUCCCGAUCCCGCUGGACAACUUAACGCACCAGGUCAUGUUCGUGAACGCAUCCGUCGAGCGGCACGAAGGCUCGUUCACCUGCCGCUCGUCACCGGACGCUACGGCGGAACGGCAAACGUUCAACGUGACCGUCCUGGUAGCACCGACGUUUGUCAGCCGGAUCUCGUCGUACAUUUCGUCGGUCGUUGCGUCGAUGACGUUCAACUGCAGCGUGUCGGGCAAUCCGCCACCGACUGUGACCUGGUACAAGAAUGGGCGCGCGAUUCGCAGCAACUACAUUAUGCACUACGCGUAUCCGCUGCUGCGCAUCAACACGCUCGACCCGGAGGACGAAGGUUUGUACCAGUGCGUGGCGAAGAACGCGGCCGGUGAGAUCGCCGCCUCGACGUACCUGACGAUCCGGGACAAGCAGAAGUAUCGGCACAAGGCCAAACGCUUGGACGCGAUCCGGUGCUUCCCGAUCGACACGACCAGCUUGUACUUAACGUUUAACGUGCCGAGCCACGCUAACCCGGGCAUCGAGUACGUCAUGUACUACCUGGCGGGUGAUGACCCUUUUCGCUGGUUCAGCUCACCGCCGACGCAGCUGGCCGCAAACGGCAGCCUCCGGAUAACGGGCCGAAUGGUAGAACCGUUCCGGAACUACACGGUGUUCUUGCGCGCUUGCUCGGUAAGCGAUAUCUCCGGCACGGAAAACAUUCUGGGGGGCGGCACGCCCGGCAUGAAGAAGGUGAUUCCGUCCCGGCUAUCGCAAGGUGUCCAGUGUGCAUCACAAGGAUAUCCGAUUCUGUCGACAUUUUUCCCCAACAACGGUAUCUUCAUCUGGUGGCCGAAGUACGAGGGAGUGGAACCGACGGCAUUUACGAUACAACUGCAACACGAUGGUAAUGGCAGUUUAACCAGCUUCACCGAACAAAUCAUCGGCACUGUGGACCCGCUGGACGACUACAUGACGUACGAGGAAGUGGAGCCGCUGCUGGGCAAGAUCGCUGCGAAAACGAGCCAACACAUGGACUGGCUGUGGAACGACGACGAGGGAGAUGUUGUGAACGAAGAAAGCGGUGUGGGACGUAGGAGACGUCGCCGCCGCCAAAGCCACCAGCGGGAGAACCGGCACGAACAACACGCGUUCGAUCUGUCCAAGGAUCGGAAGCAAAUCUUUGGUUGGCUAGCGACGAGCGGUGAUGCGGUCGAUGUCGACGUGGCACUUCAGGUCGAUGCGGAGGGCAACCGAACGAAUCUGUCCGAUGUACAGGCGGCGAUGGCCGCGGCCCAACAGUCCGCUAGCGCUCAGCAACAGCAGUCCGCCACGAUGGAUGCAUCCGGUAAGCGGACCGAUGGAUUGACCUACGACGAUCCGCAGUUCCGCAAAACACACCGAGAGAUAACGGUGAUGCGGGUGAAGGUGGCGGGCAAUGUGACCGGUAUUCUGCUGCCCAACAUGCGGAGCGUUAAGGUGCGCGUGCUCGGUUCGAUCGCUCCCGAUGGCGAACCAUUGCAGCAGGACUUGCGCUAUGUUUUGUGGAAAACGAUUGACACGGCGGCCCCGAGAACCGAUGCCAUCAACCGGUUUCAGGCGAGCCACAUCGAUGCCCGUAGUGUCCAAUUCACUUGGAGUCGAUUCGUUGCGACCAAGGCAGUCAAUCGGUGUCUGCAGUUGUGCUACAAGAACGUCAACCAUGACGUGAUCCUGCGCGGUGGCUCCAGUCGGUUCGAUUGCCAAAAGAUUCCCAAGGAUGGGUCACACUUUAACGUAAAGGAUCUACUUCCUCUAACCAUGUAUAAAGCUUUUCUUAAACCUUGCGAAUCGAAGGAGGCACUGAGCGACAUAGUCGACUUUCAAACGAAGCAUGAUGUCCCUGGUCCGGUGACAAAUCACGAGCUGGAUCGCUCGAGCGGAACGAUCAGCAUUACCUGGGGGCCGCCCGAGAAAAGCAAUGGUGUGCUGCAGGGCUAUCUGAUCGAGUGGAUCAACGAGGAAAACACGCAGCAUGCGGCCAACCUGACUGCCAACGCCACCAGCUUCACCUUUCCGAACGUAACUUCUAACGAGCGCAUCAACAUCUCGAUCCGUGCGCUUAGCAGCUCUGGCCUCGGGAUCCCAAUCUAUCUGAACAUGAAAAACUACUACCCCCCGGUCAACCCGCCUGGAAAAAUAGGCUCGGGCGGUGCUCUUUCUGCUCACAGUAUGCGAUGGCUCACACAGAUUUUGUUCGCCGUCAUCAUGCUCCUGUUUUUAAUUCUCAUCGCAACGUGGCUCUGGUUCGUUCUGCGCCGAAAGGCAUGUAAGAAGGCCUCAAAUGGAGCCGGCUCGGGUAAUGCUGGAGGUGCUGCAGGUGGCAGUGGUGCGACGCCCAGUAGCGAUGGCCGACAUCACCAUCAUCAUCAUCAUCAUAUGGUCACCGACGGGUCUGCGGUACAAAUGAUGGGCAUACUGUCGAGCUGCAAUAGCGAUAUGCAUGAGAUGCAAACGUUGAUUCGCCCGAACAACUGUUCUCAUCCGAAUGGAGGAUUAUCGAUUCCGAAUGGCUUCGGCGGUGGUAGUGCUGGUAGUCUAUCCUAUGCUAAUUCUCCUCCACUAGGCACAAACGUACUCCCGGUUGCCACAAGUCUCGUGGUUCGGAAUCGAUCUCAACCGGUUAAAAACUUUUCACCAACGACGUGCGAUACGACAAUUAACGUACCACUUAACGUCACAGUUCCUGCACCGCACGUAAACGGUACAAAUGACUACGCUACCGCUAUGGCUUCGUACAAAGAGCUGUUGGGUCGAGAACGGACAGACACCAGUUGCACCGGGUGCUCCGGGGAAUGCAACAGGGAAGGUUGCGGCAGUAUACAUAUACGAAAUCCAACGGCGCUGGCCUCAAACGAUGCUUGCGUUGUAGUUUCUGCCAUGUCUCCAACAGACGUCAUGUCGAGCGGAGAUGAACUUCAUAACCAGAAAAGCCCCGAGUAUUUAGCAGCUUGUGGAUCCAGCACAUCCACGAAUAAGAAGGAUUCUGAUAGGAUUUCUUCAACAACCCUCGCAACAACCGGUGAACGUAAGCGAUCACCAACCUUGUCCUUCGCUUCCAAAUCCUCUCGUGCUGCCAUACCGUCGACGUCGAUGCCGUCGUCAUCACCAACGUCCUCGUCAUCGUCGUCGUCCUCGUCGUCAUCUACGUCCACAUCCUCAUCCCCGUCGUCCUCGGCAACGCCGUCGUCCUUAACACCCGCCUCCUCACAGUACGUUAUGAAAUCUCGCUCCCCACUGGCACUCGAUAGUAGCCAACGUAGAUUAUUAGAUACAACCCUAGAUAGUAACACAAGCACCACUAACGUAGCGGAAACGGAUGUCGCACAGCGACCGAAACCAAAACCACCAAUAUCCAACACACAACAAACACUACCAGUAGAAAUUUACGAUUAUGCAACGAACUGUGAUGACGAGCAGGUAGGUGUCCGAGACAACAGCCGGCAGCGGCUGCUCCUGGCGGAGUGCAGCGACGAGGUGCCUGAAAUCGUUAGUACCGUACUACCACGUGGCGUGUUGCGAAACGCUGGUCGCACGCAGGAAGCAACCGACGAACUAAUCCGGCAACAGAAUGCCGUAAUCUCCCUGCCUCGGUCUCAGAUGAACCCGAUGGUCACGUCCUACCGUGAAGCGAACGGUGGAGCCGACGUGUCAUCACGACCGGAGCAAAUCAUACAAUCCUAUAGCCUAAAGAGUGAUAACGACGCCGAAGACGACGACGACGAGCAAGAAGAAAACGAUGACGAAGACGACGAGGAGCUGGAUAACUCCGCGUCGUUACUGAACACGAGCAGCCUCAGUACAAAACCCCUCCAUCAGCAGAACCACACCUCCAGUUGGAACUUCCGGCGACCGAUCAUCGGCCCGAACGGAUAGACGAGUUUCCUCCUGUGCGAAAGAUAUGUUUUGUCGGAUUCGCAACCGAUCGCCGCCCCUCAGGUACAACCGUUUAUGUUAUAGUUUAGCGCCGAUGAGGUACUGUUUUUACUACCGUUUCUGUGUCGUUAAGAACCCUUCUACCUAGUGGCCGUGUACCACCACCUUUAACUCAUGUUUCGGUAGUUUGGUACCGCCAUCGCCCGACAAGCACCGUGUUGCACGUGUGUCUAUGUAUGCGAGUAGUAUACAUUUUGUUGAAAAGGAAUAGAACAGAAGAAAAGAGGACAAGCGCCACCAUGACAAGUUGUUCGACGUUCUCUCUAAGACUAGAUGAGGACUAGAUGCAAAAAAAGGUUCGAAUACUAGUGUGCAGAGUAGGAAUCGAGAGCUACUAGUAGGAAGAAAAUGAGCAGAGGCUUUAUAUUAUCAUAAUAUCGUUCGAUAAGUAAUUUAAGGCAUUAUCUUAAUUUUAUUUCAUGGCAAAUUCUGUUCUUCUAAAAUUAGUAGUUUUUGUUCAGUAUACCCCGUCCCAUCCUCUCUCCGGUGCUCACCCAUCUAAUCGUUUGUUUUGUGCAUCCUUCACAUUGGCGCUAUUUACGGUUUAAGAGAAAAAAACACAUAAUACGUUCCGGUUAAUAACCCAGUUCUCAUUCGAUUUUAAUCUUGGCAAAGGACCAAAAGCAAACUACUAUCCUGGUGUGUAAUCAUGGCCCCAUGCUCCAUUCUUGUUUUUUAUAUCGGUAUAUAUUUAUAAAGGCAGCCACAAACGCCGUCGAUUCUCCUAUUAUGUUACAGAGCACUUUUUCAACAUUUAAUAGAUUAAACUUAUCCAAACGUGAAUGCUUCA